UAAUGAGAGUGCAUGUGAUGACCGAACUGUAUUGGAUUAAUAAGAAAAAGGGUCAGUGGGGCAACUCUGCCUGACUCUAUCUUUACACACCAAAGUCCUUGUGAUUAGCAGGCAUAAAGAUAAUUGUAUGCACACUUGAGUUCAGAGCACUCAGUAUUACAUCUUCAGCUCUCACAACCAGACCUCACUGAAGACUCAUGGCCGAUGAGAAGAUGGAGAUUGGGGAAGUUGGGACAACUCUUCUGUCUACAGAGGCUAAGAUGCCUCCGGCCAGACCUCCUAACAAAUUUGAGAGGUUAAUACAGCCGUGUCUGGGCGAGCUGGUGGGAACGACAUUCUUUGUGUUUAUUGGGUGUGUGUCAGUCAUAGAGAAUGUGGAGUCCGCAGGGAGGCUUCAGCCAGCUCUGGUGCACGGUCUGGCUGUGGCCAUCAUGGUGGCAUGCAUGGAUGGGAUCAGUGGGUCCCAUUUCAACCCCCCAUUCACUCUGGCCAUCUAUCUAUGUGGAGGGAUGGAGAUGAAUAUGGUGGCCCCAUACCUUGCAUGUCAGUUGGUCGGAGGAGUGCUUGGAGCUGCUAUGGCAAAGGCGAUGACAUCGAGAGAGAACUUCACCAAAGCCCAUGGGGCUGCUUUUGAUCUGCUGCAACCGGGCAGUGAAAUAGGAGGAGCUCUGUUUGGAGAGGUCGCCAUGACCUGCCUGGUCACCAUCGUGGUGCUGCUGGGGGCUGUCAAUACCAAGACCAGAAGCCCCCUGGUGCCUUUUAUGGUGGGCUGCACAGUUAUCAUCAACAUCUUGGCCGGUGGAGAUGUAUCUGGCACUUGUCUGAACCCAGCCAGAGCUUUUGGUCCAGCCAUUGUCAGCAACUACUGGACUUAUCACUGGGUCUACUGGGUGGGACCCAUCACAGGAGGCCUACUAGCAGCUGCACUGGUUCGACUCCUGCUUGGAGACAGGAAGAUUCGACUCAUUCUGAACUGAGGUCCUGUGUACAUGAACUUAACUCAGCUCUUGAUUCUCUAAACACAAGUGUUGCAGUUUAAUCAUUGUGAAACAUAGCUUAUAAGCUUGUAGAUGGUGUAAUAUUAGCUCGCGGUAUUAACCCCUUUAUAGGGCACUCAUUGAAAUACUUGGAAAUUUAAAAUUUCAACCCUGGAGUGUUAUUGAUGGAUAUAAGAAGACAUUUUUUCUAUUUUGAUUUUUUCGAAAAAGUCAGUUUUAGGCUGAAACUCAAAGUCAAUGAUGUCUACGUGGGCUGGCACAACAACAAUCUGUGGCACAGCAGGCCUCCUCUUCCCAUAGAAAGACUGAGCAGACAGCUGCUGCAAAAGAAAUAUGCCACAUCAAUAUACUAUGAAAAUAUGUAAUAAAUAAGCCAUAAGCAAAUCAAGAUCAAGACAACUUUAAAUUAUUUGUGAAAGAAAGCCGUAACAUUGAAGUGUAUAUUAGUAUUUCACCCAUAAAAAAAAACACCAAAAUAUGCCAUAGAAGUGUUAUUAAAACCGUCAUAGUGAAGUGACCAUAUAUGGUUCCUCGCCCGAUAAAGGGUUAAUAUGAUACUGGUCUUGUCACACUACUAUUGGUUAAAGUUAAAGUUAAACAGAGUUGUAGACAAUGAGUAAACUGAGUAUACUUCUCUGUCUCAUUCAGAGAAAUACAUUCUGGUUUUGUCACUGUGAUGCCUACUCUGUGUUUUAUUUAAGACAACAAGGACAAUUAGGAAAAUCUAGUCUUCUACCAGGUGCAUGACAGGUGCAUGAGUGAUGACAAUUAUGUGUGGAACUUUAGAAACACUCUCUAACUCAUUACCUUUUGAAUUGAGAAGAACAUUUAUUUUAAAAAAACCUUCAGCCAAAAUUCAAUUACUUCAGAUUUUCAACCACAAAUGCUGAAGGAGACCAAAUGGCAACCUUUUCAAAGCCGAGAGACAUCUCUGCUUCAGCUUUGUGUUCCUGGUACCCUGUGCCUGCUCUCUAUAGCCGGAAUAGUGAAUGCCUGUUCGGCACUGGAGGGUAUCAUGCUGUUUCCAUAUUGUACCCCUGGGCCUCCCCGCAGCAGUGGCCCACAUGGGAAAGCGGGCCAGGCAGUGGGAUAAACCAAUUACCCCCCAGUCUGGGUGGACUCCUGCCGGUGCACUGCACAGCAGCUCCCGGCCGAGCCCUCCUGGGCUCGUUCCCCAUGAGAGCCUGCUGGAAUUCCCAGAGAUGAGAAUUGUGUGGUCUCAAAAGCCUGCAGAGGCUAUAUUUUGCUUGGAAAUUUGACAUGGUGGCCCCCUGGGACAAAACAGAGGGAGGAGACUUCAAACUGGGCUUCUGUAAGAUGAAAAAAAUUUGUGGAAAGCUUUUUUGGCACCAUUUAUCAAAAUAAGCACUUUUUGCAACCUUAACCAUGUCUUACAUACAUAGACACCUCCGGGUAUACACAGAUUUUUUUGGUUUACUAGUGAUGUUUAAAAUUGAUCUAAAGCUUUUUGUGCCUGUAGCAUAAUUUGUCUAAUUUAUUGUUUAUCUAUAAUAAAAUGCACAGGAACAACAUAAA